UGAAGACUCGAAAGUUUUCAUUGAUUCGUUUAUUGAUCAGAAUGAAUUACUUUCUCAGUAUAUUGGUUGGAGCUUUGCUCCUGUGCAUAGAUUCAUUUGCACUUCCAACAGCCCAGCCGGAGUCAGACUCACGUUUGCCUGACGCUAGCCAUGUCCUUCUGCGGACAAUGCCACUAGGCGCAUCUAUCACAUAUGGGACGAAGUCAACGGAUGGAAAUGGUUUUCGCAAAGCCUUUCAUGAGAAACUCCGUGAGGCUGGCCAUCCAGUGGACAUGGUUGGGAGUCGGAAGGCAGGAACCAUGAAGGACAAUGACAAUGAGGGAUGGCCUGGAUUUACGGUUGAUCAGGUCCAUAAGAAGGCGAGUGCCAACUUUGGGCCCAAGCCAAACCUCUACCUAAUCGAAGCCGGGACGAAUGAUUGUGUGAAGGAGGUUGAUGUUGCUCAUGCCCGAGAACGAAUGGAGAAUAUGAUCAAUGACAUCUUCACUCAUGUUCCCAGUACAACAAUCAUCCUAUCCGGCCUCCUUCCACUGAAAAAGAAUGAUACCUGUGCUCAGGAGAUAUCUGCUGGCUACAAGGAGUUGGUAGGACAACUUCAGGAAAAGAAGAAGAAAAUUGUCUUUGCAGACAUGCACAAUGGCCAAAUCAAACUAUCAGACCUUGUUGACGGGACUCACCCCACCGAUGCUGGGUACAAAACAAUGGCAGAAAUCUGGUUCAGCGCAUUCCAAGAUGCGGCCCACAGGAACUUUCUCACAGCUCCUUUAUCAAACAGUUAAUCAAAUACAGCAUCUGACAACUGAGAUGGCAUCAACUGCUUCUGCAAUGAUCAGUGUCCUUUCUUGACAAUUUUUUUCUUUUUCGAGCCCCUUGCAAUUGGACAAUGCUCGGCUGUUUUACUGCUAUGGUAUUAUUAGAUAGCUAUAUCCAUUAUCACAUUAUUGGUUUGAGUCUUUUGUGAACUGAGCUGCGUUGUGCUUUGCUGUUUAUUUUAACAUUUGACUUUCACCUAUGCUGUUUUUUGUCUGGUGAACUGUAUCUACUUAUGAGUCUUGAGUGUAUAUAUAUCUGAAAGACUUACCCUGGACCGCGAUCCCGUCUGAUCAGUAUGACAGGUGAGCUAACAAGCACUGUAAUACCAAACCCUUUUACUGUCCG